AUGCGAUUCACCUCUGCCAUCCUGGCGGCUGCCGCUGCCGGCUCCGCUCUCGCCCAGCGUCCGUCCAACACAUCCAUCUGCGACUACUACACCACCGCGCUGUUGAAGGAGAACAAUGCCACCAACCAAUACACUCUUUUGACCCUCGUCGUCAACACUGCGGUGAUUGGAAACUACACUCAGCCCAACGUUGGCGUCAGCGUGCCCGGUAUCCUGAACCCUAACGGCACCUACAAUGGCACCAAGGUCAACUUGGUUCCCUACUUCAACGGUGGUCUGGCCUCGACCAACGAUAACGGAAAGGCCGUUGCUCGAAACUUCCUCGAUGGCGGUGGUGCGGCUCCUCUGAUGAAGAACAUGCCUGCCGACGACAUGAAGUCGAACCAAUAUUUCCUGAUGACCCACUUGUAUGAGUUCUUUGGGAGCCUUCUCGGCUGCUCCCAAUAUGGUAUGAAGGGUUUCCCUGAAUACUCUGGCGAUGCCAGCAUGUACAAGGUUCACAAGUACAUGGUGCUCGACCCUUAUCAGAUGGGUUACUUCAUCGAGCAAGUUGCCCUGUCUGCUGCCUCCUUCGGAGUUGCCGAGUCGGACAUCAUGGCCGUUGGCCAGGCCCUCGGCUCCCUCUUCAACUACCGCUGCGAACCCGAGAAGACCGUCAUCAAGGCCCAGGGCCCUCAGUGGCAGAGUAUCUGCACUGACCAGUCCUGCCCCUUGGCCGAUAAUGCCACUUGCUCGGCUUACGAGAUGGUUCCCCAGCCCGCUGUUGCCAAUGCCACUCUUGCCAUGGGUGAGGGUCGCAACGCUUCCAUGUCUGGAUCCGCAACUCCUACCAUGUCUGGUUCCAUGACCGGCACUGCGAGCCCAUCCGCAAGUGCUUCCUUCAACGCCGCUGCCAUUGUUGCUCCCGGGCUCACUGGUGUAGCCGCUGCUAUCGUCGCAGCUUUCGCUCUGUAA